GCCUGGACCGGGCAGGGAAGGUGGAAUGUCGAACUUCCACCGGGGGAGGUUGCAGACUUGUCCCAGUUCUCCACGGGAUUCGUGGAUUCGAUCCCUGAAAGGAACCUCCUCUACGAGCUUUGGAAAAAAAUGCACUUGUUCCGUAGCUACAGCUAUCGGAUCCAGCUGGAGGGGCAGCUGAACAAUGCCCCAAGGAUCCAGGGCAUCCGAUGGACUCCUCUUCCAGAGAGUGAAUCAACUCUGGUGCCUAGCCACAAUCUAAAGCAGGCUUCCUCCAACAAAAUCCGGAGAGCAGGGAGGCUCCUCUGCGCACACUUGGUAGUCAUGUAUCCAGAUUUAAUCCGCGAUCAUAAGCAUCACCUCCGGCUUCACAGGCAGUGUUGUUCUGGGAAGGAGCUGGUAGACGCACUUCUUAGCGCAGGACUUUCGGUGCAGACCCGCAGCCAGGCCCUUGGGCUUUGUCAAGUGUUGAUGGAUGAAGGAGUACUGACUCAUGUACGACAGGAGAGCUACUUUCAAGAUCGAGAUGCUCAGUUCUUCCGAUUCGUGGCCUUGGAACCAAGUGCUGAAGACAGGGAUGGAGAGGACCUACUGGAGGCGUUGGCAUUGCUGACCCAGCUGGGCCCAACUGCAUUGCUCACCACCAUCCUACGCAAACC